AUGGUGUUAUUAGACGUUAAUCAUUCACGAUUUAGAGAUUUUCCUACAACUUUGUAUAUGACAAGGAAAUUGUUAGGAUUAGGUAAACAAGAUAAGGCAUAUGCAGUAUGUCUGGAUUGUAACACUUUAUAUAAGGCAAAACCGAAGGCAACCUUGCAGAACACAAUUAAUGAAAUGGAUCCCAAUUGUUAA